AUGAAUCGCUUUAUUUUACUGAUUUUCGUGGUGAUCAUUGGCUUCUCUCUCCUGACUGAGGGCUGGAAGAAGGGACGGAGACACAGGAAAAGGAAAGUAACGAAAUUCAUGCACGUAUCAGAUGUACAUUUCGACUUGUUCUACAACCAAUCAAUUAGCAAGGACACCAGUUGCCGCAGUACGGAAGGAUUCAAGAUGGCAGAUCACGAAGCGCCUUAUGGGAGAAUUGGAUGUGAUUCACCAGAGUGGCUUUUGGAAAGUACCCUUGCUGCUAUGAAGGAAAAAGGGAAAGAUGCCGAGUUUAUAUUAUUAACUGGUAAGAGCGGCGUAAAAGCACACAAAUUAGAGACCUUUAGCAACAGGUUUUUCAUGGAAAACCGUAAACCGCAAACCUAAGAAUGUCUCGUGACCACGGUCUUGUGGUCGCUUUGCAGUGCAUGUCUGAAAGGCAGAAAGGGCGGCCAGUGGUAAGUGAUUUACGGCAAGGCGUUUUGCCACUAAAAAUUGUACAGCCUUACGUUUAAAGGCACGAAGAAGCUUUCUUUAUCCGCCUUAUGGACGCCUUGCUAAAAUUUGAAAUCCAGGCAACGUGAAACUGCAAACGCGUAACUGCAAACUGCAGUUUGCGGUCUCUCAUGAGAAACUUAAUGCUAAAGGUCUCUGUUGGGAAGGAAACGUGCAACAGCGAGUGGACAUUUCUGGCCAUGAGCUCAGUGUUCGUAUUGUAAGGUUUAGGCGACAAGGAAGAGACUCACUUUACGCAGCUUGAAGAUAUGAAACCGAAGCGGGUAACGCGGUAGUGAUUUCUGUCUUAGCGAGCAGAGAAUCUGAUGGAUUUGGUUUGACUUAAUGGCUAUCAAAUUUUCUGGCAUUUUGGUCUUGACUAGACAGACUGCAUAUCAGAGAGAUGCAUAGCAAGAUUACACAAGGACUAAAUAUUGCGUCAUCCACACUCUAAUUAUCGUGAUAAUUAACUGAGUUGAUAAGGUGUAUUUACUUACAUUACUUAAACGAAGAACCACAGUUACCUUUCUUUAGAAUUUUGUAUUUCAAAAUAAGCUGGGGAUUAAGCUGCAAACGCAAGUCGUAAUCCCUCGGUUUAUCCUUCGUAACUAGUUGGCUAUGACCAAAUUUGGGUAGAUUAAACCUUUAUUGACGUCAGUCACUUAGACGUCGAUGAUUCUACGUAUAUUGCAAUUACACCAUCAUCGACGUCACGCAAGACAGCAGCACGGAAGCUUAGCUGUUUUGGCUUGAAUGCAACACUCACAAAAACUCUCCAAAACUGACGAAGAGCUUUACGUGGAGGUAAGAAUGUUUCAAAAGAACUUGGAAAUAUUUUAAAUAAGAUCAAACAAUUAUCAUAUAGUUGAAUUUCGCUCUGGUAUGAUAUGAACAAUUACACAGAUCUCGACUGAGGCUGACAGCCCCCUCGACCUGCGCAAUUCUUCAUUAGGUGAACAUCAACCUAAUUCAAUAAUUGUUUUAAAAUUGCGUUAUUUUAUAGGGAAUUUAUCUGCUCACGACAUGACAGAUGAUCAAGGAUCUCCCAAUGUUUUGAAGGCCAUUCAGACAGUCAGCAGCAAAGCCCAUGAAGUUUUCCCAGACAUUCCAAUCUUUCCAGCCUUCGGCAACAAUGAUAUCCCUGGGCAUUACGUUCUUCCUAUAAAUCGCUCUGACCCAUGGUACGAGACCGUGUUACUUACUGGGCGCCGCUGAUUCUUUGUCCUGGUUGCCCCAAAGAUGUCCAAAGGCCUAUUACAAUGGACGCGCUGAAAAAAACCUUCCUGGAUGGCGGUUAUUAUAGCGCGAACAUUGCAGGUUGGUUCAUUGUCCAUUGACACCUUCAAUCAAGUAGGGUGCUUCAGAGGUAAAUCUUAGAGACUUAACGCGUAACACCGUGUGUCACUAGAUUUUCUUCCACGCGUUUGAUGAUUUACUUCUCGGUGUUUGAAUAUCAGAUGAAACACUCCUUCUCGUGUUUGAUGUAUUACUUCUCGGUGUUUGGAUACCAGAUAAAACACUCCACCUAGAGUUUGGUAUAUUGCUUCUCAGUCUUUGGAUAUCAGAUGAAACACUCCCCCUCGUGUUUAUUGCUGGACUUCUCGGUGUUUGGAUAUCAGAUGCAGCACUCCUUCUCGUGUUGAUGUCUCAAUUCUCGGUGUUUGGAUAUCAGAUAAACGUCUCCUUGCGUUUCACGUAUUACUACUUAGUGUUUGGAUAUCAGAUAAAACACUACUCGUGUUUGAUUCAUUACCUCUCGGUGUUUGGAUAUCAGGUGAAACAAUUCUCAGUGUUUAGAUAGCAGGUGAAACACUCCCAAAUAGCUUGCCGUCUCUUCCCGGUUUUAAGAUUUCAGAUGAAACACUCCUUCUGUUGUUUCAAAUAUUUCUCAGUGUUUUUGGACAUCAGAUGAAAUACGCCUCGUGUUUCACUAUCGGGUAUUACUCUCCAUCUCAUCUAACCUAGGUCUUCCAUUUUUUUUACCCACUCUGUUGCU